AUGGUUUUUCUCGGCGGUCGCCCCGUCCUGGCUGAAUCCCCUCUUUUUUUUUUUUUCCUCCCAAAAAAUCCUGCAGAACAAUUCGUUGAGAAAUCCUCUUGCGCCCAGCCUCUGAGUGACUUAUCCAGCCUGGAUCCUCACGGGGAUUUUAACACCAGCCCUUCCUCCCUGUGCACCGAACCCCUCAUCCCCACCACCCCCAUCAUCCCCAGCGAGGAGAUGGCCAAAAUCUCCUGCAGCCUGGAGACCAAAGAGCUCUGGGACAAGUUUCACGAACUUGGUACCGAGAUGAUCAUCACCAAAUCCGGGAGGAGAAUGUUUCCUACGAUCAGGGUUUCCUUCUCCGGAGUGGAUCCUGAAGCCAAGUACAUUGUGUUAAUGGAUAUAGUUCCUGUGGACAAUAAAAGAUAUAGAUAUGCCUACCACAGGUCUUCCUGGUUAGUGGCUGGAAAAGCUGACCCUCCACUCCCUGCAAGGUUGUACGUGCACCCUGACUCCCCGUUCACAGGAGAGCAACUGCUGAAGCAGAUGGUGUCCUUCGAAAAAGUCAAACUCACCAACAACGAGCUGGAUCAGCACGGCCACAUCAUUUUGAACUCUAUGCACAAGUACCAGCCAAGGGUCCACAUUAUUAAGAAGAAGGAUCACACAGCUUCUUUGCUAAAUCUGAAAUCGGACGAGUUCAGGACAUUUAUUUUUCCAGAGACAGUUUUUACAGCUGUUACCGCCUACCAGAAUCAAUUGAUAACCAAGUUGAAAAUUGACAGCAACCCUUUUGCUAAAGGAUUCCGGGACUCUUCCAGACUCACUGAUAUCGAGAGAGAAAGCGUGGAGAGCCUUAUCCAAAAGCAUUCCUAUGCCCGAUCCCCCAUUCGAACCUAUGGAGGAGAAGAUGAUCUUGGAGAUGACAGCCAGGCAACACAAAGUAGAGGGUCAGCCUUUACAACGUCUGAUAACCUGUCCCUCAGUUCCUGGGUAUCCUCCUCAACCAGUUUUCCUGGAUUUCAGCAUCCCCAGUCUUUGAGUGCCCUGGGUACCAGCACUGCGUCCAUAGCUACACCCAUUCCUCAUCCAAUCCAAGGAUCCCUGCCUCCGUACAGCCGCCUGGGAAUGCCUCUUACACCCUCUGCUAUAGCCAGCUCCAUGCAAGGUAGUGGCCCCACUUUCCCUUCCUUCCACAUGCCUAGGUACCACCAUUAUUUUCAGCAGGGUCCUUACGCAGCUAUCCAGGGACUGCGUCACUCCUCCGCAGUGAUGACGCCAUUUGUAUGA